GGGCGACCCCAUCCCCGAGGACGCAUUGACCUCUCCCACGUUCGACAGGGUCAAGUGGUUCUCGGGCCAUGGCGUCGAGACCUGGCAGGUGCCCGUGGACAAGGUUGUCGCGGCGCUGAAGGAGACCGGCGUGGCGCGUUUCGCCACCACGGGCUACUGCUUCGGCGCGCCACCCGCGUUCUACCUCGCCCGCAGCAACACUAGUCACGUCACCGUCGUGUCGCACCCGUCUCUCUUGCAGAUCCCCGCCGACUUGGAGAAAUACCGCGAUACAUCCAAGGCGCCCCUCUUGAUCAACAGCUGCGAGGUGGACACUCAGUUUCCGAAGGAAUCGCAGGUCGUCGCUGACGAGCUACUCGGAAAUGGCAAGUUCGCACCCGGGUACGAGAGGACGUACUGGGAUGGCUGCACGCACGGCUUCGCUGUACGUGGGGAUCUGAGCAACCCGAAAGUGAAGGCUGGUAAGGAGGGCGCGUUCAAGGCGACGGUCGAUUUCGUAAAGAAGUAUCUGUGA